CUUUACGGAAAUGCAUCAAGAAUUCAUCUCCAACAAAUAGAACAGAUCCAAAAUAAGUGCCUUAUGCUGAGUAUUGGGUAUGAAUAGCACUCCUAUCAAUGUUAUGAAAGUCGAAUGUAUCGAACCUCCACUUCAGUUGAGACAAAAAAAUGAAGGUCGACAGAGCUCUGGCCAAAAUGGUCUGCAAGACGGACUCUGUGAGUUUCAAACUGGAGGCCAACUGUUGGUUUGCACAGCUCUUCAAAGAGGUUACGCAGAGAGACGGAGUUUUGUAAAGCUCUGA